UGCCCUUAUACCAUUUAAUACUCUGGGUUCUACCUUCAAGACACUGGGCUGUGGAUCAACCGAACCACCACUCACUCCUCUUCCAAGAAUCACUUUGACAGGUUCUUUUGGAGGUGCUCCUUCUCUUUUUUUAACCCAUCCUUUUAAACAAAAUGGCACCAAAGAAGGAUGUGAAGAAACCUGCUGCUGCUGCCGCCCCAGCCCCUGCCCCUGCACCUGCACCUGCCCCAGCCAAACCCAAAGAAGAAAAAAUUGACCUCUCUGCCAUUAAGAUCCAGUUCUCUAAGGAACAGCAGGAUGACUUCAAGGAAGCAUUUCUCCUGUUUGACAGAACAGGUGAAAGCAAGAUCACCUUAAGCCAAGUUGGUGAUGUGCUUCGAGCUUUGGGCACAAAUCCCACCAAUGCAGAGGUCAAGAAAGUUCUGGGAAAUCCCAGCAAUGAAGAAAUGAAUGCUAAGAAAAUUGAGUUUGAACAAUUUCUGCCCAUGAUGCAAGCUAUUUCCAAUAACAAGGACCAGGGCAGUUAUGAAGACUUUGUUGAGGGUCUGCGUGUUUUUGACAAGGAAGGCAAUGGCACAGUCAUGGGUGCUGAACUCCGUCACGUUCUAGCUACACUGGGUGAAAAGAUGAAAGAGGAAGAAGUGGAAGCUCUAAUGGCAGGUCAAGAAGACUCUAAUGGCUGCAUCAACUAUGAAGCUUUCGUCAAGCAUAUUAUGUCUAUCUAAGUGGAGCUCUCAAAGUCGAGCAUUGUUUAGGAAGACUGGCUGGAAACAUAUUUUAAUAACACCCAUGAUUAACCGUCCAGAUCUGUGCACCAUCAUUCAGGAAAACAAAACAAUGUGGGCUGUUCUAGACUGAAAGACUCCCUGAAUUUUUUUAUACCUUACAUUUCUCUCUGAAUUGUAUUCAGACCAUACAAACCAAAUGUCUCCUGCUCUAGACAAGAAUAAAAUACAAUCUCAAACCCAAACACCACUCUUUAUUUUCUAACAUGGGUCAAUGAACAUCCUUAAAUUAAUAAAUCAAUAAAUAAUUUUGGUCAGUCUGGAAUGUUCA